UUACUAUGUAAAGUAUAAGAUGGAUGGAGCUGGGUUCUUGUGCCUUUCUCACCUUGUCUGCAUAGAGAUGCAGCUGCUCCUGCAGGUCAAAGUUCUGCGCGAAUCACCUCCACCUGCGUACUAUUGGGAAACAAAGGUCUGAGAGCCUGUUUGGUGAUGAACCACGAUGAACUCCUUAACACUCAAGCCACUCCUCAGAAAGUCGGGUUUCUUUCCGUUUCCAUUCAUAUAUGUAAUUUUCGCUUCAGACAAACAGGACACCUAUUCUAUGCAGUUUUGAAUCCCUCUUUUAAAAUGGGAUGUCUGCCUUGUCUAAAUUUUCUGAGGCGGAGGAGAGGGGAAGUGUAAUGGGACCGUCUAUAAUUUGAAACCCGACCUCACUACUUUGCGUCUCAGAAAACGCGGGGUUCGUUGCCCUGGUCCCCGCGGUCCCCCAACCUUCCGGCUGGCUCUCUCGCCGUCCUCGCCUCGGCGCUGAGGUGGUCAGGCGGCAGGGAUUGGCGUCCGGGCGGAGCAUGGUGGACUUCCCCGCGGCAGGCAGGCUGCUGCUGCAGGUGGGUCCGGGCGCCCGCACCGCCCCCCACCUCCCGCGGACGCCCCGCCCCUGCCCGCUCGCUCCGCUCGCAUUGGUGCUGCGGGCUGUCUGUCCCCGCGCGGUGGGGAGGGGGCGCACUAGGCGGCGGGUUCCGCAGAGGGCGCCUUGCUCCGUGCGCGACCGCGGCUCCCUGGAGGCCUGGGUGCCGGGCCCCGCGAGCGCGCCGCGACCUCAGGAGCAGUGUUGACCAAGGACCCCUGCGCCCUCGGUUGAUCUUUAAAUAAAGCAAAAAUUUAUCCAGUAAAGGGCUUCCAUGAAGAAAUUUAAGGAGAGAAAUUGCAAGCAAUAGAGAAAGUAGGCAUUUCUAUACUAGAGAAACCACCUAAAACAACUGCAUGGAGUAAAAUGAAAGGAAUGAAUACACCUGGAAGAAAUUUUACCUAGUGUGACAUUUUUGCCCAUCUUUUUGUCACAAAAGGCUAAGGAAGAGAGAAUAUAGUUCUCUAGAGAAUAAGAGUACAGUGUGAAAAUGGCAACCACAGUUUCAGAAAUUCAUGUAGAAAACAAGGAUGAGAAGAGAUCAGCAGAAGGUAGUCCUCAGGCUGAAAGACAGGAGGAAAAAACAUCCAUGCUUUGCUUCAAGAGAAGAAAGAAAGCAGCUAAAGCAUUGAAGCCCAAAGCUGGCUCUGAAGCUGCUGAUGUAACAAAGAAGUGUCCCCAAGAAGCAGGAGCUUCUGAUCAGCCAGAGCCCCCACGGGGGGCCUGGGCCUCACUCAAACAUCUUGUAACACGAAGGAAAAGGUUGGAGUCUUCAAAGCAGCAAAAGCAAUUGGAGGCUGAAGUGCAACCUGAAAUAAAUGCUGAGGAUGCUGGUCUUUCUAAGAAAAAGGCAAAAUCUAGACUUAAGAUUCCCUGCAUAAAAUUCCAAAGAGGGCCAAAAAGGAGGAAUCAUUCCAAAAUUAUAGAAGACUCAGUCUGCAGCAUCAAAGUCCAGGGAGAGGCUGAAAAUUUGGAUAUACAAACACAGACCCCAUCAAGCGAUCAGGCAACAAAGGCUACGUCAACCCAGGAUCUAAGUGAAGGCAUCUCACGGAAAGAUGGUGAUGAGGUCUGUGAAUCAAAUGUGAGCAAUAGCAUAACUUCUGGAGAGAAAGUGAUUUCCGUAGAACUUGGAUUAGAUAAUGGGCAUUCUGCUAUUCAAAUGGGAACUCUAAUCCUUGAAGAAAUUGAAACAAUCAAGGAAAAACAAGAUGUUCAACCCCAGCAAGCAAGCCCACUUGAAACUUCAGAAACAGACCAUGAGCAACCAGUACUUUCUGAUGUUACUCCUUUACCUGCAAUCCCAGAUCAACAAAUUGUGGAAGAAGCCAGUAACAAUAUCCUAGAAAGUGCACCAAAUGGGAAAGACUAUGAAAGUGGAGAAACUGUAGCUGAAGAAACUAAGCCAAAAGAUACUGAAUUGAGCCAAGAACCAGAUUUUAAAGAAAAUGGGAUCACUGAAGAGAAAUCCAAAUCAGAAGAAAGCAAAAGAAUGGAGCCAAUUGCUAUUAUUAUUACAGACACUGAAAUCAGUGAAUUUGAUGUUAAGAAAUCUAAAAAUGUCCCUAAGCAAUUCUUAAUUUCAACGGAAAGUGAGCAAGUAGGGGUUUUUGCUAAUGAUAAUGGUUUUGAGGAUAGAACUUCAGAACAAUAUGAAACACUCUUAAUUGAAACAGCCUCUUCUCUUGUCAAGAAUGCGAUUCAGUUGUCAAUAGAACAGCUGGUUAAUGAAAUGGCCUCUGAUGAUAAAAUAAACAAUCUUCUACAGUGACUUACUCUCCAGAGUCAUGGGAGAAAAACCAAGCUUAAUGAAGAAUUAUUUUAUACAUUUGUGGCAUUUCUUACUCAGUAACGAAUGAGAGAUUUAUCAUCUCUGGAACUUAAAGGUACAAUUACAGUGCAGAAGUGCUAAAGAUGGUGAAGUUUAUAAAACUCUACCACUGAAAUGCAGUCAUUUCUGGAUUGGAGGAAGUCAGCACGGAUCGCACUGUGUAAAGUAACACAACAUACAGGGAGUUGCUAAAACGGCAUACGGAGACUGGAGUGCUUUGGGGGAGGAAAAUGUAUUUAUUGAGCACUUAUGGUAUGCCAUAAGCUCUUUAAUGACCUCUGAUAUAACAAAGUCUGGUUUCCUUUUGAUAAUUCAGCUCUGUGUAUAGGCUAACAUCACAAUGAGUUUUUAAAAACAUUUUUUAUAGUGGACAUACAUGUUGUUUAAAAUGGUGAAUAAGGUGAGCUACUUUUGUGAAUGUGAUUUGUAAUUGUUACAUUCCUAAGCAUUAGGCUUAACUCGAAAAAUAUAUUGCAUUUUCCCAAUUUCAGCAGAUACUGUGCAGAAUAUGCAUAUUGAAAUUAAAUAUGAGUGGUUUUCUAGUCUUGCUUAAGUCCUUUAUAAGAAAGAGCCAUUUGGCCAGACGCAGUGGCUCAUGCCUGUAAUCCCAGCACUUUGGGAGGCUGAGGCGGGUGGAUCACUUGAGAUCGGGAGUUCAAGACCAGCCUGGCCAAAGUGGUGAAACCCUGUCUCUACUAAAAAUAUAAAAAUAAGCUGGACGUGGUGGUGGACGCCUGUAAUCCCAGCUACUUGGGAGGCUGAGGCAGGAGAAUCGCUUGAACCUGGGAGGUGGAGGUUGCAGUGAGCCAAAUUCGUGCUAUUGUACUCCAGCCUGGGUGACAAGAGGGAAACUGUCUCAAUUAAAAAAAAAAAAAAGCCAUUCACAAAUCCUUCAAUCAGGCAAAUUGUUACUAUGUACAGAAGGGUAGAAACAGGGAGUGGGUUUUUACCUCUCUUCUUUCUGCCUCAACAGAUCUGUAUAUGUCCAUUUCUGCAUGGAUUUAUCUGUGAAAAAUUUAAAAAUGAAACAGCAAAAACAAAAGGGGAAUAUUAUUCUUCAUCCAGGAGAAGGAAAAAUUCCCUAGUAAGUUGUCACAGAUAAUAUAGGAUUCAUCUUGCAGAAUUAACUUCUUUAAGAGCCAUAUUCAUCAACCUCUCUCCAAAGAGGGGAGAGCAAAUUCAAAGCCAGCUUGGUAGUAAUGGUCCUGGAAAAUCCUAAUAAUCUAGGGCAAAUAUUAUUUAUUCUUGGCCAAAAAUGAGCCAUGAAUAUGGUUGAAUAGAAAGUGAAAAGUUAUUGCUGAAGCACAUAAUUUAAAUGUCAGUUUUCCUUUGUGUCUAUGUGUUGAGAGAGACUAGUAAAAAGCAUUUUACAUGGAUAUUGAAAAUUAACUUUUUCAUCGCUAUUUUCAAUCCAGAUAUUCUUUACAAAAAUGAGAAGGGCUUAUUUGCAUUUUUAUUUACCGAUUGAAAGGGAAGUAUCUAAUCUCAUCAGUGAUUGCCAUAUUUUUUUAAAAAGUAAUCCUAUUUCAGUCUCCUUGUGUGAAAUGGCCAUAAUGCACUUCCCUACCUCACAGGUUAGGAUUCAAAGUGUAUAGUCUCCCAUUGUGUAAAUUGAGUGAUUGUGUUACUACUUGAAACAGAUGAAGUAAUAAAGUAUGGGAUGUAAGGCAUUUGUUAAAGAUCUCCACUUGGAGGAAAGAAUGCAUAUUAGCUGAUUUUAAAUGAUCUUGGUGAAGUAUUGCAUUGCUUAUGGAUUGACUAUAGAAAGUAUUCGCUAAUUUGUCCUAGAGAAUCAUCUUUGUUUCAUUCUGUAAAUACACAUUGAGACCUCUAACAAAAGAAACUAAUCUGACUUUGAAAUUGAACCAAAUCAUGGAUAUUAUUGGCAAGAUUCUUUGCUGAAGUGUAAAAAUAUUUCCCUACCUUCACACAUAUAAUCUUGUUGUGGGGGGAAUCCUUCACUUUAGCGAGAUGAAGUGUGUCCUUUAAAACACAUGACCCAAGAAGUCAGUUUCUUUUAAUUGUACAACUUUUAAACAUUAAAAAAGAUGAAGUCAUCUGCUCUGAAAACACUCUAACUCACUAUAUGUGGUGCUAACAGACUUGGACAGCUACCAGCAAAUAUAUAUCAUAUUUAAAAGUGAACAGUUUUAAAAACCUAAGGUUGGUGCAUUUUACAGUGUAUUGAAGAAUCCUGUCCUCAUUUACUGCAAAGAUGCCUCCAAGCCAAUACACUUGCAUUAUAAAUGUGUAGUAAUCUCUCAUCAAAAAGCAAAAACUAUAGUACUUACCAGUUAUUGAAAAUAUUUUGAGGGAUUUAAAAAACAGAUAAAUGGUAAACAUGUGUAAUGAAAUUUUUGGUUAAGAAAGUAAAAUUUUAUCUAAUACCAGGUUUUUACUUUUUUUCACUGUGGUUUGAUACAUAUUUUUGGUUAGAAUGUAGUGAUUGUUUUUAUGAUCAGAUGUAUAUUUUACUUGCAUUCAUUCUUAAGUGGUUUCUCUUUUUCUAUUGAGAAUAUUUGUUCAAUUAAAUAAGAUUUCAGUUAGAAAAAGGAAUUCAGAAAUUAACUGGUCUCAAUCUGAUUAUAUGUGCUACAUGGCCGAAUCCUAUUACAGUGAAUUCUAAGGUGAUUCAAAUUGUUUUAUUGUUAUAGAAAUAAGCAGGGCUGGGCAGGCCUGCUUAUUGUUAUAGAAAUAAGCAGGUGACUCAUGCCUGUAAUCUUGGCACUUUGGGAGGCCGAGGCGGGAGGAUCACGAGGUCAGGAGUUCAAGACCAGUCUGGCCAACAAAGUGAAACCCCGUCUCUACUAAAAAUAAAAAAAUUACCCAGGUGUGGUGGCAUGCGUCUAUAGUCCCAGCUACUCAGGAAGUUGAAGCAGGAGAAUCACUUGAACCCGAGGCGGAGGUUGCAGUGAGCUGAGACCACGCCAUUGCACUCCAGCCUGGGUGACAGAGUGAGAAUCUGUCUCAAAAAAAAAAAAAAGAAAAGAAAAGAAAAAGAAAUAUGCAGAAGUCAGAUGGCUUCGAAGUCAUAAAAUAUUUUUCUUGUAAUAGUAUUUAAGCAAUUUGACCUUAUAUGCAAACAAUAAGUGAAUAUAAAUAGGUUCUGGUUCAAUUCACAUUUGACAACAUUAAAAUAAUUAUUAGGAACACCAUAUGAAUUUUCAUUUACGUUUGCUGUGGUAUAAAUUUUGCUUUUAAUGAAUGUUUAUUAGCCAAGAUUCAGUUUCUUUUUGAACUCAGAAUUUUACAAGGCUAGGGGUUGGGGAGGGGAGUUAUUGGAUACUUGUUAACUUUUUCAGCAUAUUAUCAUCCCUAUUCUAAAGAGUCAAGUAUUAUUCACUUUGCUUCUUACAACCCAGAGAAUGUGAAAAUUCUCUUCUAUUUUAUGUAGCACUAUUCACUUAACAUUUUUUCAAAGCACUUUAUAGGAUAUAAAAAUAGUACCCGGUAACAUUUAAGUAAAGGUAGCAGAAAACAAAAGAACUUUCAAACAGAAAUUAUGUUCCCUGCCACCUCCUCCACCUCGAAGAAUAAUAAGCAUGUGGCACAAAUGGAGUUCUUCAGAAAAGCUGUCUGCAUAAUUUUUCUUCAAGGUAAUGUGUUUGACAGCAUGAAGUUUGUGAUGAUCUUAAUUGGUCUACUAUUUAGCGGAGUCCUAGAAUCUCUCUGAUUUACUGCUGAGAGAUUGUUAUUUCACUAGUAUAUGUGAAGAGGCUUGCUAAAGGCAUUAAAGAUAUGGAUCAUGACAGGGCACCAAUUUGGCUUCUGUAUGCAAUCCAGCAUUAACUUCAUCCACAAAUUUCUAACUUCAAGUUGCCUUAUUUUUUAUAGUUAAGAAUGUUUUUAGAGGUUUACAGCAGAAUUUUAAAAAUAAUUGUUAGGCUUUAGAAUCCUACUGUCUGAAAAGACCCUUUUAAUGUCAACUUUAUUGAACUAUGUAAAGUCUACUUUCUAAUUUCAUCUGAUACUCAAUACAGCAGGGUUUGAUUUUCUGCCUGCCAUUUCUGUGUUUUUUUAAAAAAAAUCCUCAUUUAAGAUUUAGAGUUCUUUAGGUUCAAAUUCCUAUGAUGUUUUCUUGGGUAACAUGAAGUCUCUUACACAUAAUUUAAAAUUUCAAUUCAUGGUAUAUCUUAUGGUACAUUUUUGAAAAGAAAAUUUGUAAUGUUCCUUAGUUAUAAAAAUUUAUUAGAAGGAAGCUAUAUAAAAUUCAGGUGUCCUGAUUAAAUUCAAUUUGAUUCAACACACAUAUUAGGCAUAACUUCUGCCUAACACUAUUUGAUAAGAUGGACAGGCUCCCUGCCCUCCAAGAGCUCAACCCAGGGAGCAGUGACAACAGAAACUGGGUUGGGAUUAAGACAAAGAGCCACAGAUAAUGCUGCAACCUGAGUGGCAUAGAGGGGAGUACACAGAGAGAGCAAUUAAUUUUGGUGUGGGGAAGGUGGUGAUCUGAAUACAGCAGCAGUUUGAAAGUGUUCCAUUUUUAAAUAAACAGUAUGCUCAUUCUGAUUUGUGACUAGGUGUAGAAAAAAGCCUGCAUAGUAUUACAUAUUUAUAGUAGUUAUUUGUAAAAAUGUUAAGUGGAUGAGCUAUUAUUAAAGUAAAAGUUUCAUUUUUUUCUCAUUAAAAUUAGUACUAAAUUACUGUGGAUCAGAUGAUGAAUAAUACUCUGUAGAAAAAAAAAGGUUUCAAGUUGAAUUAAUUUAUGUACUGAUUAUUAAUACAGAAUAAAUGUUAUAUUGACUCAUGUU